AUGCCAAAGCUUGUAGACGAGCUAUUAGCAGAUUACGGAACGAUUCCACAGAAAAUAGGCAACUUCCUGAUGAAAAAAAAUGAAAGCACGAGUAAGAGCAUAUCAUCAAACACAUCUUUGUCUAAUAAUCAAGUGAUAAAUGGCCUUUCCUUCUUGAUUCAGCGACGAUUUGUGAGAUACUUCGUGUAUGAAAAGGAAGUGUACUAUUCCUUGGCUAAAGAAAUGAUCUAUCGUAGAUUGCUAUACUCUACUUACUACUGUGCCGUAGAAGACAUGUUUGGACCAGAUAUUACAAAUCGGUUCGUUGAAAUACUUAUUGCUGGGUUUGUUGAAAUAGAAUGCAAUACAGCAGCGCAAGAUGCGAUCCAGAGCCUUGUGGAUGAGGGCAUUGUAUGUAUGCUGGGUAAAAAGGAAGCCAGUUUGUUUUCAAUGGGAUCGAGAUGUAUUGUUAAGAAUGCCUCGAAGUGUACUGAUGAUGAAAAUGAUGUUAGUGUAAGCAAAAAGAAUAAGGUACUGAAUGGCAAAGUAUUUGUGAUGGUUGACUUUGAUGUUCUUGAUAGCAUAGUUGCAAGAAAUAAGAUGCAGAGGUUUAUUCAGAGGAAGUAUUUGAGAAAAUCAAAGGAUAUAUAUGCAUCUAUCUUGAAAUGCAAUCUUGUAACGAUUGAUGCAGUAAUGGGCAAUCUUGAUCAAAGCAUUUGUUUUGACAUAAGUAGAAGCGAUGUCAUUUCUUGCAUAAAAUACUUCUGUAACAGUGGAUUAUUGAAAAAGAGCAUGGAUGGCUCCGAUAUGUAUUUCAGAGAUGUUGAUGAGGAGCGAAAGAUUCUGAUUAUAGACUGUUUCUGCAGAAUACUGACAAACACCAACAAGCAUGCUCUAAGACUGUUCAACAUGAUGAUUCAUCACAAAGAGCUGGAAGACAAGGAUAUUGCGCUUAAAUCUCUCAUAUGUGCUAGAUCGGUUAAGAAAGCGCUUAUGAUGCUGCAUUCUAAUGGAUUUGUGAAUCUGAAGCAUUUAUCAUCAAGCGAAUCCAGGCCUGUGCUGCAAUGGCAAGUUGAUAUUGGCCGGUCAUCAAAAAUUGUAGGAGAGAAGAUAAGGAAGGUUCUUGGAGAGAUUCUAUCUUCAAUUAAUAUCAAAUGGCACGUAAUGAGGCCGGACGAUGAAGCAAAUGCAGAUGAGGUUAUGCAGCUUAAGAGCUUGCACAAUCUGUCUGCUGAUCUAUUUGUUAUUGGGCUCUAG